CCGCCAUUUCAAGAGACCGCUCGGUCAUCUCAUUAAGUAGACACUCAAGUAUCGUUUACUACAUCGGCUUGUUGCCACGCCUAAUACCUUUGUCCUGUAACUUCAGCUCUCCACCUUUUCAUCAAACAACUCUCUUAAUUUCGCCUACGUUGACGUGCCGUCCAAGUGCUCCAUCAUGAACCCCGAGUGCCUCCACGAUCCUCCGUCUCUCCCAUGCUUUACUUGGCCGGCGCGGCCCUCUGUGUGCGUAUCGAUCCAUAUGCUAAUAAUUUGGCUAGAUACGAUUAUCUUUUCAAGUUGCUCCUCAUCGGAGACUCUGGUGUCGGAAAGUCGUGCUUGCUCCUACGUUUUGCCGACGAUACCUAUACGGAGAGCUACAUCUCCACCAUCGGAGUUGACUUCAAAAUUCGUACCAUCGAGCUGGAUGGAAAGACGGUGAAACUCCAGAUCUGGGAUACUGCAGGCCAGGAACGUUUCCGGACAAUCACGUCGUCUUACUACCGUGGUGCCCAUGGCAUCUGUGUCGUCUACGAUGUUACCGACAUGGACUCUUUCAACAAUGUGAAGCAGUGGCUUCAAGAGAUUGAUCGCUACGCCACUGAAGGUGUCAAUAAGCUCCUUGUCGGAAACAAGAGCGAUAUGGAAGACAAAAAGGUCGUGGAAUACACAGUGGCUAAGGAAUUCGCCGACAGCCUUGGGAUCCCGUUCUUGGAAACCUCGGCGAAGAACGCUUCGAAUGUCGAGCAGGCUUUUUUGACAAUGGCGAGGCAGAUCAAGGAACGCAUGGGCACUGCGACUGUCAACAACAAGCCAACUGUGCAGGUUGGCCAAGGCCAGGGCGUUCAAUCCGGCUCCGCGGGCGGCUGCUGCUAGACUAUUGAUGAUCCUAAUCCCGCGUUGCAUUACGCCAUAUUGAGACUGUGUGAAAAUUUGGUGAUUAAAGAAGAGGAGCGAUGAGGGAGGCUACCUGCUGCACCCUGCUGCCGGGCAGUCUUUCUCGAAUGCCAGCAUUAUCUCAAAUGUUCUAUGCUGGUAAUGGUCACCGGGAGUAGUUUUCUUUUUUAUGCUUUAGAAGGCUU